GUUCCUGUUUAAUAAGGGACGACUGUCAAUUAUCGGCCCCUUUAAGAGCGUCUGUCGCUGUCAUUGACGAAAUUUCCUGGUGUGAAGCGAGUCUCGCUGGAUAUCAACAACGGAUUGAAACGAACCCCUAAUGAUGGUGUGCCGUUUGCACGCGAUUCUAACCCGCAGUAACGCUGGAAAUAACAUCUGACAGCCCGGGGAAUCGCAUCGGCGGAUCAAUGCGUCCGCUCGGGCAUUUUACGCCGGGUUUCUCAUCGAGCUGGUAGUAGCAGGUGGCGACGGAGCGGGGCGAAGCUCAAAUAUUCAUGCCUUCCUGUUAAUGAAACUUAAUUACGAAUUCCGUGCAAGGGUCGCCACCCGCCAUGUUAAGAUAAAGACACAGGUCUCUGUGUUGAACAUGCUAAAGCGAUUGGAUAAGAUAAGGUUCAGAGGACCAAAGCGAGAUGAGUUCCUGGACCUUGCCGAGUCCCCCAACGCUUCUGACAGUGAAUGUAAUGACGACGUCCCAGUAAAACACCGGAGCUCCAUCAAAGAAACAGAAGAGCAGCGAGAACCUGCUGGUUCAGGGACUCUUACCAUGUCUGCUGCUCCCAUCCAGGAUUACAAGAUGAGCGAUGCCGACCGACUCAAUGAGGUCAAAGGUCACCUGGAGAUAGCCUUACUGGAAAAGCACUUUCUUCAGGAGGAGUUAAGGAAGCUCCGUGAGGAGACAAAUGUCGAGACUCUGAAGCAGGAGCUGGAGAAAGAGAAAUCAAAGAGAGUCGAUCUUGAGCAGAAAAUGAAUGAAAUUCUCAGAUCCAGACUGGAAGAUUCACCACCUCCACCUCCAAAACCACAAGUCGCUUCUGUCAAUGGAACAGGGGACAAACAGAAGGAGACCUUAAGCUCUCGGCUGUGGAAAUGGCUUUAUGAACGCUUUGGUGUUUAUAUUGAAGAUUUCCGCUUUCAGCCUGAGGAGAACACAGUUGAGACUGAGGAACCACUAAGUGCUAAAAGAUUAACUGAAAAUAUGAGACGACUCAAACGGGGUGCUAAGCCUGUAACUAACUUCAUGAGGAACCUUUCUGCCUUAUCCAGCUGGCACUCUGUCUACACAUCAGCCAUCGCCUUUAUUAUCUAUAUGAAUGCUGCCUGGCAUGGCUGGGUUAUUCCCAUGUUUCUAUUUUUAGCCAUUCUGCGGUUGUCCUUGAAUUACCUCAUAGCAAAAGGUUGGAGGAUACAGUGGAGCAUUGUGCCUGAGGUCUCCGAACCGGUGGAGCCUCCAAAGGAAGAUCUUACAGUCUCAGAGAAGUUUCAGUUAGUGUUGGAUGUUGCACAGAAAGCACAGAAUCUAUUUGGAAAGAUGGCUGACGUAUUGGAAAAGAUCAAAAAUCUGUUCAUGUGGGUGCAGCCUGAAAUCACACAGAAACUGUAUGUUGGUUUGUGGGUGGCCUUCAUCGCUUCCUGUGUACUGCCAUAUAAACUCUUGGGCUUCAUGAUCGGUGUCUACGCCGGCAUCAAAUUCUUCAUCAUCGACUUCAUCUUCAAAAGUUGUCCCAAACUGAGGGACAAGUAUGACACACCCUACAUCGUCUGGACCAAUUUACCCACAGACCCACAACUCAAAGAGCGUAACAAUGCCACUCUGAGCAGACGGCUGUCUGGGUUUGAAAAGCAGAUCCAGCCGGUGGUGGCGCGAGGGAAUCAGUCGGCCGGGAUGUCGUGCGGGAUCGGCCGUGAGGAGGAAAGCGGACGGGCCUAUAACACUAAAAGAGGGCCUUUUCAUGAAGUCUUCAACUUGUCAGAGAACGAGCGCCCCCUGCCAGUGUGCGAGAACGGAUGGCGCUGUUGUUUGAUCAACAGGGACAGAAAAAUGCCAACCGACUACAUCCGCAAUGGUGUCCUCUACGUCACAGAAAAUUACCUGUGCUUCGAGAGCUCCAGCUCCAGGGCGACGUCCUCGAAGAAAAAUAAAGUCAUCAAGCUUCAAGACAUCACAGAUAUUCAGAAGUACAAAGUGUUGUCAGUAUUGCCUGGAUCUGGGAUGGGGAUCUCAAUUACAACGCCAUCCACUUUAAAGCCUCUAGUGUUUGGUGCCAUGAUUCAUCGGGACGAGGCCUUCGAUGCCAUUCACACUCAGUACGUGAAGAUCAUGAGCUCCACAGCAGCUACCACAGUGACAAACCCAGAGACAUAGUCUCACCGGGAUCAACAUAUGACAUAAGGUAGUCCAUAAGGCGGCCCUAACCUUAAUGUAGCACUAUCCUAAACCCCUGUACGGAGACGAUGGCUUCCAGAAGUUGUCCGCCCCAUCUCCAACCCAAAACAGAUGGAGAAACUGCAAAGAAACUGUUUUUCAUAUUCUCUUUUAGAUUCUACACGAGUAUUAGGAGGAGUAUUUUAUAUAACGUUCUCUCAAACAGCGUACUAUAAUCUUACACUCAAGUGUUUGUCAGGAUGGCUCUUGUUUUAUAAGGUUAGGGGUUCGUUGUGCUUCUUACUUGUGUGUCAGAACAGGAGCUGGUACUCCUUUGUGUCUCUUGGAGAGCUUUGUGUGAACCGUGUGUAGUCAGUCCAUAUAACCGUCUCUGAACUUACCGCCAUUUUCACUUAAUUGCAUCACCGCUGGCCUUGCACAAAGAAACACUGCACUUAGUGUUGCUGAGAGCUUUUAGAUGUGAUUUAGGGGGAAAAGGAACAGACUUAACCGUCAACUGAAAUCCAUAUUAGCAAAGCAGCUCGUAACUGCCGGCCACAUCGUUCCUUGGGGCUCGCCAAUUUUCUCUUCAGUAUUUGUGAUACUUGUGUUGACUAGAAACGGCCUCGUGUUUUAAAGGAGCAGCGCACAUAAAAAUAACAAUUUUGCUGUUUACUCGUCCCUUGUGUUGUUUUAAACUCGUAAAACACAAAAGGAGAUAAUUAGGCAGAAUGCCCAAGCUGCUCUUUCUCUUUUAUAAUAAAAGCCCAUUGUUUAGGGGAUGGUUUACCCGGAAAUGAAAAUACUGGUACCUUUUCUCACACUCGUGUUAUUCCAAAACAACUUUUUUUUCCUUCUGUGGGAUGCAAAAGAAAAUUUGUUUUUGUUUUGUUUUUUAAAAAAGAGUUUUUAAUUGUUUUUGUCUAUUUAAUAAAUGUCAGUGGGGUUCGAAUCAUUUAUAUUCUGCAGAGGAAAUACGUGCACAAUAAUAAUUUAAGAAACUCCUGAUUCGGAAUAACAUCAGACUGCAAAAAUAAUGACAGAAUUGUCAUUUAAUCCUUUUUUUAACUUAAAGCACAAAAACCCUUACCGAUUUAUAAAGGACUGUUCAAAAUAAACCAGAAUUAGCUGGUUUUGGUCAUAUAUUCUGAGCCGGGGUUAUUGAAGUAUUUAAUGCAUUUUUGAAUAUGUUGGCACUGGUUAGAGAAAUGUCUUUGUUUACUAAUAUUGUACCCCAAAAUAAUAUGUAGAACCGCACAGACUCAUUUCUGUGUUUGGCGUAGUGUGUUUUGAUUUUUCUAUCAAAUGUGUGUAGGGGAACUCCAAAAUUAACAUAGGCUUCUUUUUCCAAAUACACUGUUUUACUCAUUUAUGCAUAACAUUUUUAUUUGGUAACAUUUGACUAUGCAGCCUUCCAUCCUUCUGGCUUUUCUUUCUUAGAGAGGAGAGUCGUAUAAUACAUCAUGGGUUAUUUGUUUAGUUUUUUUUUAUUAUCGGUCCCCAACACUUUUCUUGGUUUUCUAAUUUUUACACAUUUCAAAAUGUGCUGUGCUAAGAAACCGUUUCUUUUUCAUUUGGUCUGUUUUAAGCCUUGUUUCUCACCUGCCUUAUUAUGCCUUAUUUUAUUUUAAUUUGACAAAAAAAUUGUUUUUAUUAUUUUGAGUCUGUACGUCUGUUGGGGUUAGACUCCGCACUCCUUGGAUGCUGUUUACCAAGUUUACGAAAUGGCACUUUUGGGCUUUCUAAAUAUAUAGCCACUUAUAAUGGAAGACCAUUUAGUUAGAAUAAAUAUGAUGCUAAUAUUGUCUGUGCAGAAGUAUGUAUUUGUGAAACAUUAAUAGUGCACCUUGGUUUAUUAAUUUCACCUUUUAACAUUAAAUUCUAAAAACUAAUUCCAUUAAUUAUUGAAUUUUAAAGUGGGAAAAUGAUCACCAAUGAUUGUCGUUUGCCAAAUAAAUGUAUUGUUGUUUGCGCUCCGUUUCUACCCCAUAACAGUUCUAUUAUGUGCUCCACAAAAGGCUAUUUUGAUCCCUAGACCUAUAGGGGCGUGAAAAUUAGCCUUUUUUAUUUUUAAUUUUUUUUUUCUCUGGUGAAUGUUGAAGAAGCUGAAAAAUCCUAAUUUUUAAAUGCCUUGUUGAACCAUUUUAUUCUAUUUUGCAUUAUAAAACCUUCUUCAUCUAGCUUUAAGAAUACGAUUGUUGUUGUUCCCUGGAAGUUGUUGGCUAUAGCAUGGAGGGCUGGUGUUGUAUUAUUUCACUCAGUGUAUUUCCCUAUUCAAGUUGUUUUACGUUUCGGUCAAUUAUCCGUUUAGUUGGACGUAACGCACAGUUGUCACGAUCACAUUGGUACGACUGGGUUUAAUAAACUUCGCUGAGGAACAACCACUUUAAACUGGAGUCCAAUCGCUCCGGGUCGAUCUCAUGUGCUGAAUGUGACUGGAUGUUUGUUUAUCGAACAUUUGUAUUUACACUGGAUGUACAUGUCUGGUAAACUUUCCUGCUUUCCUCUGAAUAGUCUUCAUUGGGGAAGAAAUAAACUGAGCUAUUUGUAACUUUUA